CCGCGCUCUUCUCCUGAUGGUACAUAACAAGUCCAUCUUGGAGGCCCCAUCCCUCUCGCAGAACGCAUCGAUCGAGUGUGAUGCACAUCAUAAACGCAAAGCCAACCCAUGGCUAUGAUGAUGACCUUUCCUCUCAUACUGCAUCUAGUUUUGCUGCUCCCAGUUGUGUGGGGAGGAACCGAUGCCCAAAACUACUUCAGCAAUCCGUCUUCGAAUACCGGGAUCAACCCGGUCUGGACCGUGGGGGACCAACAGGUGAUCUCCUGGAAAACGACUUUGGAGGUAUAUAACGUCUCCAUGUGGCAGCAAAGCCUGGUCCAGCAGUCUGCGGCUAGCCAGUACAAUGUCUAUUCCAAAUUACAUCGGGGACCUAAGUCCACCAAUUUUACCUGGACCGUACAACUAUACGAGUUUGAUUUCGAUUACUCCAACGUGUUUUUCUUCUGGAUAAACUCCGACACACCCGAGGGAUUCAUCUCUUCUUUCUUCAACAUCACCAAACCGGAGAGUGCCUCGACAUCACAUUCGACAUCAGCAUCAGCGUCUACACCCACAGACUCUACCAACUCAGUCCCGUCAAAUGAACCCCGUGUCUCUGAUACAGCCUCAAAAUCUGCUUCGGACUCGGGGUUCUCGACCACAGCGAAGAUCGCACUAGGGGUAGGGAUUGGGAUCGGGGUGCCGGUGUUGGCGGCGUUGGGGGCUCUUGUGUGGCUCAGAUCCCGUCCACCCCACGUCCUGCACGAGGAUGGCGUCAAAGAUAUACCUGCAUAUUGUGAACUGAGCAUACAACAACCAAAAGGUGUCACUCGUCAUUCGGUGUUGGAGAUGCCAGGGACCGACCCCGCCAGUCAAAUACCCGAAUUACCCACACAAAGACACCACUGAGAUACAAUAAAAAGUUCCAUCGACAAGUGAUGUCUAUCUAUCAAUGACAAGCUGUCUCUUGUGAGCAAUGGUAAGCUGGCUCCAUCGAGAUAGUGUCGCACCGACAAUAGGG